CUCUCGCGCCCACGUGGUUCGCACGUGGGGUCACUAACCACGUGCUUAACGGCGGCGUCGGCUGCUGCUGGUGGUGGUGGUGUGAGUCGUCAACGUGAAUUACAAUCAGCGUUGGUUCCCGCUGCCCCAUGUCCCUGGAGAGCCUCUUCGCCUCCCCGCCUGCACCCCUCAACAGCGGCAGCGACCCCCCCUCGCUCAGCCCGGCGUCUGUGGCCGGUGGACCGCUCACGGUGAUUAGCGAUGUCGGUCGUUCAACUGAGGAGGUGGAUGAAGGGGAGGGCGCACUCCGGAGACCCCACGCUGACCUCGCCACCGCAAGGAGCGGCACGGGGAAGCGAAAGAGAAUGAAGGAGGCGGCAGCAGCUGCUGUGGUGGUGCACGCCAAGCAACAGCGAACGGUCGAGUCAAACGUUUCCACGAGCCCACGGACGGACGCGCGCUUGGCCCAGCCUUUCGACCUCGUCUCUGCGAGUGGCUUCGGGGUGUUCGAGGUCCCUCUCACUCACAUGGUGGGCGACGUGGCCACGGAAGAGCCGCGCCAGCUGGCAGACAGGCACGAGGAGGAGAAUAAUGACGAGGGUGGUGUCCAGGCUGAGUUCCUAGGAGGGCUGGAUCGCAACCGGGAGGCGAAACUCACAGCAGCAGCAGCGAUGCUGACUUGUGCCGUCACAAAGGCAGACAAAGGGAUGACGCGGCGCACCGAGCCGGUGUGCACUCUUCCCCAAGGAGCGAAGAGAGAGGGGAAAGGUCGAGGAGCUAUUGGGCGGCUGCUCACUCUCGCCAGUAACGGCGUUGACCCGACAGACCGUCUGGAGAAAGGCGAGCUGCCAGUGAAUCGGAUGUCGAUUCCAGGCGGGGGGAAGAAGGAGGAGGGAGAGGUGGAGUUGAUUGAGACAGAUUCCUCACCUCUCAAUCUCGGCUCACAGGGAAAAGUGAACGCUGUUAAGGAUCAGCGGAAGGAGGAGGAGGCUCAAGUCUGCGUGCCGCAUGCCGCGAGCGGUUUCGGGGUCUUUGAGCUCCCUCUCACUGUCAUGGUGGGCGACAUCUAUGAAGGAAAAUCCCACAGACUCUUCGAUGGUGGAGGAGAAGGAAGAGGCAAACACGCAGAUGAAAACAACAGCGACAUCAACAACGAUUAUGAUGGCGGCGGCGGCGGCGGUGGUGGUGAUGAUGACGACUUCAUGCAAGAGCUGUCUCGAUACCAGGCAGCGAAAUCUGCGGCAGCACAAGCAGUAGCAACAGAGGCGUUGGGAAGGUGUCGAGCGUUUGCUGUCGCGACGGCGCCACGCGGGGCGCUCGCGGCGAGAGGAAGGGGCGUGGCUCGUGGGCGCGGUGGGGUCCGUGGCGGCGGGACUUUCGUCCGUCGCGGGGCGGCCGAUCCGCAACACGUCCAUAGGCCCCUGCAAAAUAAUCCCGCCGAGAAGAAGCAGAAAAAAAAGAACAAAAACAAGAAAGCUUUGCCUCCGAAACCGAAACCGAAAUACGCCUGCAAGUUUUACUUGGAAGGACGAUGUACCAAGGGCGACGAGUGUACGUUCAGCCACGAGGGCAUACCGGCCAACAAGAGGGAGAUCUGCAAGUUCUACCUCAACAGCUUCUGCUCCAAAGGCUCCAGCUGCCUCUACAUGCACAGCGACUUCCCUUGCAAGUUCUACCACACGGGCACGACGUGCUACGCCGGGGACCGAUGCCGCUUCUCGCACGCGGCCCUCACCGAUGAGACCAAGGAGCUCCUGCUGAAGUGUCUGAAUGGACCCAAGGAGGCCAAAGAGAAGGAAGAGAAAGAAGAGAAGGAAGAGGCUCCUGACAGCCCAAAAUUCUAUUUCAGCCUUGCGGCUUCGAAGGCCACCGAGGGCGGCAGGGCGCUGGCGCACGGUGGCGACGGCGCAAGUCCUGGCGCCACCGGGCCACAAGCUUCCUCAGGGUUCACCGCUUUACAGCAACAGCAGCCGUCGUCAUUGCAGACGGGAAUGCCGGGCGCCUGUGAAAAUCUCCUGUCGCCGGCAGCACUGGCUGUGCUCCAAGAGCAGCCCGUGGUCAUCCCGCCCGAGCCGGUGCACAGCUCGGUCACGUGGGACCCCCGCUUGGUGAGAUCCAGCCAGAAUUUCUGCCCCGAUCCGGAUCUGUCCGUGCCAGAUUUUGCUCACACGAACUGGGAACCUUCAGGCGGCAACGAGAUGGCGAACGAGGCAGGAUUUUCCGAGUCGAUGGACGCGUUCUCCUCCGCCACUUCGGAUCGGGAGAGGCCCUCCAUCGUUGAGAGUUUGUUGGACCGCGGCGUCUCAUCUUGUGGUCCUUUGGCACAUCACGGGGCCGUCCACAACCUGCCCGUUCAGCCGGUGCUCGGUGCGCUGACGAAGACCAAGUACAGCGGGGUGUUCGGCGAACGUCCGCGCCAGAUUAAAGCGCCCGCAGUAAAGCAUCUGCAGCAGCAGCACGGAUUGCUGCUGCAAAUCAGUACAGCACAGACUGCUGCUGCUACUUGCACCGUCACAAACGCCACAACCACGGGCACCAUCACCAACACCGCCACAACCACUGCAGGGUCACUGGAGGGAGGCUUUGGUGACGGUGGGCGCCAACAAAACCUGGUAGACAUGUUUAAAUCGUUUGACCCGACAUCGUCACCCUUUUGUUAGCAGGAGCCAGAUGUC